CCUGGAGAUACGAAAAUAAGGAUUUUAGGAGUUGUGAGGCCACCCGAAAACGGAAUCAAAACACCAUGCAUGGGGAAGGAAGGUCCAACAGUGUAAGUGAGGAAGAGGACAGGAAACAAGAGGAUUUAUACGGUCAUCAGGGACAUUGGAAUUGGAAAAUUGUUUGA